AUGUCGGGAGUGGCGGGGCCGGGGGCGCCCAGCGGCACCGCCCGCGCCCCGCUGCCCUGCGCCGCCCGCGCCGCUACCGCGCUCCAGCUGGGCGGCGGCGCCGACGUGGCGCGGCCCGGCGUCGCUGUCAUCGACCUCCGCUUCCCCCGCGGCGGCGCUGCCGACCUGCAGGAGAUCGUGUUCAGGAACUUCUACACGGCUUUCCUGAGCGUGCGGGUGCAGCGCGCUGGCGCCGAGGGCUCCCGCAAGUGGGUCACCUGCCUCCGCGACUACUGCCUCAUGCCCAGCCCGCACACCGAGCAGGGCUCCCAGGACUACUUUUCCCUCUUCCGGCACCAGAUGCUCUGUGACGUUGACCAGGUGACAGCAGUGCGAUUCAUCCUGCGGCAGCCGUCACCAGUCUGGGUCCAUUUCACCAUUGAGGAGCUGCAGAUUUAUCCCCUCAACCAGAAGAGUCCAGAGAAAGAUUUUCCCUCCUGGCUCUCCCAGCUGACUCCUCUGGAGCAGCCAGCCAACCUGCAUGGGGAACUCCCUGAUCCAGAGAAGGUAUCGACGGAGGUCCAGCAAAUGUGGGUGUUGACAGAGGUGAUCCGUGCUCGCCAGGCAGCUGCCCGCAUUGGGCGCUUUGAUGUGGACGGCUGCUACGACAUCAACCUGCUUUCCUACAUGUGAGCUGGCUGGUGGGAGACUGCUGCUCCGCGCUGCUGGGGCCCAAAGGGGACAUGAGAGACUUCAGUGUUCCCAAAUGCACUUUUGUCCCUCCUGCACUGGGCUGUUUCCAGGCGUUGCCCGUUCCUUUGCCUGACUCCUCUUGUACUAGUGCUCGGUGGUGAGCAGCGCUGCCUCCCCAGGAGCCCCGUCUGAGCCUCUUGCUACACUGGUGCCCUCGGUGCGGUUUGCUGCCAGCGUGUCCCAUCCCGUCGCUCUGGGCCACCCUGCUCCGUGGGGUAGGCGGAGGCGGUCUCUACGACCAUACCUGCCCAGGGAACCGUCCCUGGCCUUGUCUCUGCUGUGCCUGCUGCUGCCUCGCGGGGCCGUCCCAGGACGAAGCGGAGGACGGGGCGGGGGGCCGGGCCCAGGCCUCCGCGCUGCCCGCUUUGUUCGGAGAACCGUGCUUGCUCUGUAAGAGACUAAAUCACGACUGAAAGCUGCUGCCUUG